AUUUUACUCCCCAAAGCAUUCAGCAAAUUUUAUUUUAUUCUCAGCAAAUCUCUCUCUCUCUCUCUCUCUCUCAAACAGUUCUUGGAGCUCAUACGCCAGAGAUUCAUCUCCUUAAUCUCCACCCUCUUGCUGAAAUUUCAAUAUUCUUUUCGCCGUUUCUGAUCUGGGUUUAUUGGUUAUCACGCAGAUCACCAUUUCCACCAUUAAAUCUCUAUUUCUUCUUCUUCUACUACUAUUUUGAAAAAGAAAAGACCUUUUUUGUUUUUUCUUCUCUUUUAUCAGAUUCAAAGACGUGGGUUUUCAGAGGCAGCUUCAUAAGAAGAUGGUUUCAUAUAAGGUUUGAUUGUUUGAGUUUUUUUUGCUGUGCAACUUUGGGGUUAUGGGUAGAGGUAGAGGGAAGGGUAAGAAGUUAACUGCCGUUAACAAUCAUGAAGAUCCAGGAAGCGGAGAAGAAUCGCUCCCUGCUUAUAAGAGAAGGGGGCGGCCACAGAAACCUUUGAAGGACGAGGCCGAUGAAGAAGAAGCUGAAAAGAUAGAAGAAGAAGAUGUGGACAAUAUGAAAACUUCUGGCUUGAACAAAGAGAUGAAAGGUCCGGCAGCAGCAGAGAAUGGAAAGAAGAGGAAGAGGAACUCGCAGGUGAAAGACGAUCCCGAUUUGGUCCAAGAGGAAAAUGGUGUUGGAACCAGGUCCAGCACUGAUGAUUCGGCCAAGUCAAAUGGGUUUCGACAGAACGGAAGCAGGCGCAAGAGUAAGCCUAGGCGGGCUGCCGAAGCUGGCGUGGAAUGCAAGUGAGAUUUGGACAACCACUCCGAGUUUCUCCAUGUGUCUGCAAGGCAUUGCUGAUUCAUCUCUCUUUUUCCUAUUGUUUUUGCUCUUCCCCAUCUUACCUUUCCCAUUUACAAAUGUUUUUAUCUGGAGGCUAUGAACAGGUUUUACUGCUUUGUAUUCUUCCCUCCAGCUGCAAAGCAAAUACCAGAUACUUUUUGGUAGUUCUUAUUAUCUAUUCAAUGUUGAAUAUUUCUCAUUUCAUCA